GAUGUUAGUAUGUUAAGAGGGCAUUUGAUAGGUUGAGUGCGAUUCGAAAGAAUAUAUAUAUUCCUAUCAUAAUUCGGGUGAUUUAUAGACGAAAAGACAAAUAUGCCCUGUAGCUUAACUCUAAUUCUCAAUGGAGGCCCGUAAAUAGUACUUGUAUAAUGCUUUGCUGCAACCUCCGUUAGUCUCUCUUCCCCAUCUUUCAGCGCCACCGUCUUUUAUUUGCCCCUUCCUAACCCCCUCCGCCGCCGCCGCAAAACAUCUGAUUGUUUCUGAUACAAAGUUACUGCGACUGCCUUUUCAAGUUGAAUUACACUAUCCGAAAAGCUCUUGCGGCUUACCCUACUCACCAGAUGGGAAGAAAAGGAGGGAAGUAUAAGAAGAAAGACAGCAAUACCCCAAAAACAAAGUCCAAGCACUAUGAUGAUGGCGAGGAAGACAUGAUGAAUGAUGAAAUUGAUGCCUUUCACAAUCAGAGAGAUAUAGUUCCUUUGGAUGUGGAUGAAGAUGAAGCAGAAUCCGAUGAAGAAAAUGAGCAGCCAGUUUUUGAUUUGGAGGAUGAUGAUGAAGAUGACAGCCAUGAUGAUGAUUUUAUCGAAAAUGACUCCAGACUUACUGGUCGUGCUGCAAAAAUUGCAAGGCAGCAAAAGUAUUUACAAGCUAAGAUUGGUGGGGUUGAGGAGGAAAUUGAUAAUGAUGAAGAAGAGGAGGAUAAACAUAAGCUAUGGGGCCGAAGAAAGAAAGAUUAUUAUGAUGCAGAGGCGCAAUCAAGUGAUGAUGACGAGGUUGCCGCUGAAGAGGAGGCAGAAGCUAUGAGAUUGCAGAGGGAAAAAGAAAAAACUCUAACUGCUGAUGAUUAUGGUCUUGAGGAUGACAAUGACACUGAAAGUGACCAGGAACCCACAUUUGAGGAAAGUUUGACUCAUGGGAAACCUUUGUCGAAAGCUAAAGCAAGCAAAGCUGCCGAAGAUGAUGGCACUAUUACUUAUGAAGAAAUCAAGAAAGACUUGAAUGAUUUAACAAGGGAGGAACAAAUGGAUGUCGUGCUCAGUUCUGCACCCGAGUUAGUUGGUUUACUAACAGAGCUUGGCGAUACAGUGGAGCAGCUUGAGAACAGAGUAAAUCCACUCUUAGUCAAGAUAAGAGAAGCAGAUAAGGCAACCAAAGGAGGACUACAAUUUGUGGAGAUGAAACAACAGCUUCUGCUCUCCUAUUGCCAAGCUAUCACUUUCUAUCUUCUUCUGAAAUCAGAAGGCCAGCCAGUUCGUGACCAUCCUGUCAUUUCUCGCCUUGUGGAGAUAAAAAAUUUAUUGGACAAGAUGAAGGAACUUGACAAAUAUCUUCCUCCUCAUCUUGAGGACACCCUACAGGAAGAUGAUAGUGCCGAAGGAGUUGAGAAGCAGGUUGUGGGGUAUCCUAUGACUAAAUCCAGUACUGGAACUGGAAUUGACCAACCUUCAGUUGAGAUACCAGAUAAGCCUGAGGCUCUUCAAGGAUCGCAACUAGUAGAUGAGAUUCCUCUGAAAGGGCAGAAAUUGAGGAAAUUAAACUCUAAGCAGCAGGAUACUGAGGUUGGUAAGCAAAGUAUUGAGAUGCUAAAAGUAAGAGCUGCCAUCGAAGAGAAACUUAGACAAAAAGGCAUUGUAACAUCCAUUUCAAAGAAAAAUGAGCAGGCCAAAAAACGCCUCCGGCCAAUGAAUGGACAAUUUGAGACAGUGGAUGACUUUGAUGAUGAUGCUUUGGAUUUGGAUAAUGUCAAUCAUCAGAUGAGCAUGAGGAAUAGUGGUCCUCAAGCAAAGAAGCAUAAGGUUGUCUUGGGUGGUGAUGAUCUGCCGAAUAGAGAUGAUAUAGGAGAAAGACGUAGAGAGCAUGAACUGAGAGUUUUGGCUGGAGCAGGAAUCAAAUCUUUGGAUGAUGUAGAUGAUAUACCUGGAACAGCUAAAAGUGAUGGUGAUUCUGACACCGAUUUGGAUAGUCAAUCAGAAUCAGACUUGGAGUUUUACAAGCAAGCAGAAGAAGGACAUCUCACGAAGCUUGCACAAAAAUCACAGAUGUAUUCGAGGGUGCCUCAGCCUUCAUCUUUGCCAGAAUCACUUGUAGAUGGGAAGCGCCAGAUUAGCUAUCAAAUUCAAAAGAAUAGAGGAUUGACCCGUUCCCGGAACAAGCUCACCAAAAAUCCAAGGAAGAAGUACAAGCUGAAGCACGAUAAGGCCAAGAAACGUCUUCAGGGACUAAGGCCUGAUAUGAGAAAGCCAACGGGUCCAUAUGGUGGAGAAACCACGGGCAUCAAUGAUAAAAUCAGUCGCAGCACUAGGUUUUAGAAGAAAUAAUGUUAUUGGAAUGUGCUAUAUUGGCACUUACUGCAGUUUGUGUAAUUCCAGUAAUUGUUAUUUUUUUAGCACUUAUUGUCAGUAAAAUGAGGUGUGUGUGGUAGUCUUCUUGAUGAUGAAAACGUAUCAGUCUACUUUUUGGUAGACUACAAUUUUGUAUUCCUGAAAUGGAGGUCCAGAGGUAAUCGGGAAAUUAAGAUUGACAGUUUUGUGGAAGGCCUUUGCUCUCUUUUUCUUUGAAUUCUGGAUGUUAUGGCCGUAGAUUUUGUUUCUAGAUUCUAACCCAAUAUGUUUAGCGUAUCAGUUUCGGCACACAACUUUACUCAUCAUAUAGUUUACCCGAAAAAAAUACAUCGAAAAAGAAAAAGAAAAUUUCAUAAUUGUCCUUUGGGGUUUUCAAGUUAGUUCUUUUCCACUGAAAUGUUUUAGAUAGCUUUUGAGAGGUUCCACUGCCCUUUGGGUUUUUCAAGUUGGUUCUUUUCCACUGAAAUAAUGUAAAUUUACAUAGCUUUUCGGAGGCUUCACUGCGUCAAAAUUUUUCGCAACG